AUGAUUAUUCUAAAUUUAGAUAUUUAGAAUAUUACUUAAAGAUAAAUAAUAUCAGUGAUUUGUUUUAUCUACCUAAUUGGAACAAUUUAAUAGAAUCCAUACAAAUAAAAGUCACUUCAAAAUUUAGAAGUAUUGCUUUAAGUUGUAGUUGUAAUUUCUUUAGCAUUAUAAACAAUCGUCUAUGCCUAAGAAUCUGAUAUCUAUAGUAUACUUGUAAUAAUAGUCAUCUUAUUUAUUAUUAAUCUUUACUGUUUGAUAAGAAUAAUAUUUUAAUAUUAUUAUUCAGCUAUUAACCUUAUUUUUAAAUCUAAAAGUAAAAAUAUAAAGAAGUUUUUACAUUUUUUAUUCAAAAUUAAAGUCAUUAAAUUUGAUAUUAAGAAAAAACAAUCAUCACUAUCACGAAUAAGCAAUUUAUGGAAAAUCAUUUACAAAAAUAAAUCUCAACUAAAUUUCAGAUAAUUAUAUUCUACUUAAUAACUGAGCUUGCAAACCUAGAGACUAUAGCCAGAAAUUCAAUUUGAAAUUAAUACAGAUUAAGAUAAAUUAUUAUCUAUAGCUAAGAUAAAAUGA